ACAGGGGUCCAGAACUUUCUUGCCUCCAUUCCUCUGUAUUCAAACGAAAAAGCGAUAAAUGUUUAUCUCACUCUAGAAACCAUUGACUCUCUCUCUCUCUCAAGCUCUCAACAAUGUCGGACUGCCUACCUCAAAAGGUCCUAACCGAGAUCCUCUCAAGGCUCCCAGUACCAUCCCUCCUCCGCUUCAGGUGCGUCUGCAAAUCUUGGCUCUCUCUCAUCUCCACCCCCGACUUCAUCUCCAAACACUCCUCCCUUUCCACCACCAAAACCACCACUCCCUUCCUCCUCCUCCUCCGCCGCUACUCCCACCGCAGAGAACGCUUCUCUCUCCACCUCGACACCCAACAAACCUUCCCUAAACUCCGAGACCUCAAAUACCCAUCUCCCACUCGCCUCAAAUACUACUUCCGCAUACUGGGUUCUUGCAACGGCUUAGUCUGCUUAACCGAUGACUCCUUCGGCAACACCAACACCAACGCUAUCAACCUAUGGAACCCUUCCAUCCAAAAGUCCCUCACCCUUCCCUUACCCAAAUCUACCCGCGACUCAGAUGGGUCUUUUUUCAUGUGUGCACUUGGGUUCGGUUUCGAUUCGAUGAGUAAUGACUACAAGGUCGUGAGGGUUUCGUAUUCGGGUGGGGAGGAUGGGUUCUGGGUACCUCCUAAAGUGGAGAUUUACGCGGUUAGAGAGAAGUCUUGGAGGGAUUUUGAGGGUUUCGUGCCGGAGUUUGGGAUUACUGAGUAUUUCUGGUCACAGGUUUGUGUGAACGGGAAUGUUCAUUGGGUUGGGUACAAGCGGGUCAACCCAGUUACUAGGGGUUGUUUCGUUGUGGUGUUUGAUUUGGGUGGUGAGGUGUUUGGUGAGAUGGAGUUGCCGGGGAGUUUGGUUCACGAAUUUCCGAGCAACAUGAUGGUUUCGGUUAUGGAUGAGUGUCUUUCGGUGCUGGUGUACGAUAAGCGAGCGUUUAGUAAGCAAUGUACGGUGUGGGUUAUGAAGGAGUAUGGGGUGGCAGAGUCUUGGAGUAAGCAGUAUGAGAUUGAUUUGGAUGGAAGGUUGGUGUUGGUGCUUGGCUUGAGGAAGAACGGUGAAAUGCUGUUGGUGAUGGGUAAAGAGCUGGUUUCCUAUAACCCAGAAAGCGAAGGAAUAAAGAAACUUGGUGUGAGUGGUUGCAAAGAUUCAUUCUGGUUCGGGGAUUACACGGAGUCCCUUGUUUUGCUAGGAGGAGCUGAUUCUGUUAAUGGUGAGGCGGAACCUUCUGUAUCAGAGGAAGCGGAUGGACUUGAAGACGAUGCUGUUGGACUCCGUGCAUACUAUAUGCAAACAAUUAUGCUUAAUGCACCUGAAGCUUGUCUUUAGGAUUGCUAAAUAGCUUGCUCUAGUUAAAAAAAAACUGCUAUCUGUUCUGAACUACUACUAACUAAUGGUCAAAUUAAUAGUCCUUGAUUCCUCUUGUGGAUGGUAAUUUCAUGCUGUAGAUGAGGCUUACCUUUAGAUUUAAAAUGUUUUCAGGUGUUUUUGUUGGUGUGUGGACAUGAUCAAUAUAGUGGUUGGCUUUGACGUCUGUUUAUUCUGGUGUUUUAUCAUUAUA